GUCCAAAAUAGCAAUAAAUACACAUUUCUUAACUGAAUUGACAAUUUUAAUAUGUCUAAAUUUUAUAAUAGAGAACUGCUUUUAUAAAAGAGGUGUCCGAUUUAAUUACAAGAUUUGUCAUUUAAAAAUUCCUCGACUGUAUAGUAGGCUUUUUCAACUAAUAAUGCUAACAGACGCUUCUUAAAAGUCUUUAUCGGUAGUGAUUUAAGACGACUCGGAACCUUGUUGAAUAUUCUGUGAGCCAUCCCAAAGAAGCUACUACUAACAUGUAUGGUUUUAUAAGAAGGAGCGCAAAUCCUAUUCCAGUGGCGAUGAUUUCUUUCAGGGUUCCUUUCUGAGAGUGUCGGAAACAGAGAAUUGUUACAUAACACAAAAACAGCUACUUCAUAAAUGUACAGCGAAGGCAGAGUCAGGAUUUUCAUGCUUCUCAUCUCAUCAUCCCUAUUAGGUGGCGGACAUCCUUAUUUUGUGAUAACAGUCUAAGGCACAUAUAUUUGAUCUAGUCUUGAGCAUAGUUAGAAAAGGAUGUCGCUGUAUAUAGCACAUAGCGAUAUCCUUUUUUAACUGUACUCAAGUAAAGAUCAACACUUAGUUGUCAUUCUGUAAUACGGGCCUAAGAAAGUACAUUCCACAAAGUAUGUACGGCCUGCGACCGUUUUAUUUUUGCUACAUAGUAAACGUAAUCGGAGACAACAUUGCAUGAUUAUCUAUGAUAAUGUGGUACUAUGGUACCGACAGUUAGUAGGCACCAGUGGGAGGGGUAAAUGCUGUGUUUUUCAUUAGACUCUGCUUAUGGGUGGGUGAAAAUGGACUAUUUACUGUUAAUUUAGUAUUCAACGUGGAAACUACUAACUUUGAGGUUUUGAAAAAGAUUGUUUCAUUGUGGAAAUUAACUCAUGUAUAUGGAAAGAACACUUGUCGCAUUAAAAAUCUUUAUUUUGUCCUUUACAAAUCACUUAACUUACAACUUUUUUGACGACCUCCGUGGCCGAGUGGUAUGGACGCCGGGUUUCAAAGUGUUGCCAACUCGAGAGCUCCCGGGUUCGAGUCCUGAUCGGGGUAGAUGUUUGUGUGAUAAAUACGAACAUUUAUUUGUACUCCAGUCAUGGAUGUUUAAUAUAUAUUUCUAUAUAAAUAUACCUAUAUAUAUGUAACAUUAUAUGUAUUCUAUCCGUUACCCUGGUAUCCCAUAACACAAGCCUUACAGCGUUUUCUUCGAGGCUAGGCUAAUUGGUGUGUGUUAAAAAAAAUAUUGUUUUUGUAUUGGACGCUCACGGGACUAGCUUGACCAUGGACAUAUGAUUUUACCAUUUAUGAUUACAGAACGUUAAAGAAUCACAUAUUUUAUAUAUUUUCAAUAUUAUAAACUCUCCAAGGGAAAUAAUAAUAUCAUUAUCUAGUUGGGACCAUCUCUCAUGCCAAAUGAGAGCUGGCCGAGUCUCCCGUCACGCCUGCAUCAAUGACGUCAUCCGUGGAGCUCUUGUCGCAGUCAACGUGCCAGCAAUCCUUGAGCCUAGCGGCAUCUUUCGUGCCGAUGGCAAGAGGCCUGACUUGAUGACGCUCAUUCCUUGGAAGCUGGGUCGCCCUCUUUUAUGGGAUGCUACUUGCGCGGAUACGCUUGCUCCGUGCCAUACAGGUAGUAGCUCCCUUGCUGCGGGCGCGGCGGCGGCCUCUGCUAAAUGUUCCCAGCGGCGUAAAUAUUCAGGUCUCAAUGAGAACUAUAUAUUUGUGCCGUUUGGUGUUGAGACUAUGAGCCCAUGGGGUCCAAGCGCUCGUUCAUUUUUUACAGGAAUUAUCAAAGAGACUCACCGAAGUGACUGUUGAUCAAAAGGCUGGCAGCCAUCUUGAUCAACGGAUCAGCCUUGCCAUUCAACGUGGCAAUACUGCCAGCCUAUUGGAUACCAUUCCUGACGGCGGCACUGGAGGAUACAUAUUUUUUAUUUUGUAAAUUAGAUAUUAUUCGUGUGUAGAUUAAGGUAAUUUGGUUCAGAUUUUAUACAUUAGUUAGUUUUUUAAGUUGUUGUAAUUUGAUGUUCUAUAUAUUGUAAUGCUGUAAAAUAAAGAUAACCUAUUAUCCAAAGAGAACAAUCUGAAGAAGACGUCAAUUAAACAGAAACACAGAAAUAGUGCCAAAAACCAAAAUAAUGUUCUCCAUAAAAUAAACUGGAUACCAAAUAAAAAUGAUUUUUAAUCUGAAGAUGAAUAAAUAGUCCUGCCUCAAAUAAAACAGUUCCAGAAUCAACUGGCUUAUAUAAUAAAAAUAUGUUCUGAUAUCCUUUACUUGCUCCAUUACAUAGAACAAUGUCUGGAACUGAACACUUCGCUCAAUUUACAAAAAUCAGACCGCAACAUCAAUAUAUGCGACAAAAUGCCUUGUAUUCGCACCCUGAAGAUACCAUUUAUGAGCCAAAGAACGAAACUUUAUAUGAAGAUGGUCUAGAAAAUGAAGCAAAUGUUAGCUGUGCAAUUCACGAAGACAGUUCAAAAGACUCGGGUAGUACACUCGAUAGUAUCUGCGAUGAGUACUCUGUCGGUACACCGGAAUCAGAAUCAAAACAGGCUAUUAAUGAUAGACUUAAAACCUUAAUAAAUAUUCUUAAAGAUGAUUUUAAUCCAGAAAAUGUCGAUCUUUCAUAUAUUUAUGACCCAUCGAUUGAAAACAUCCAAACUGAUGACACUAGCUCCACUAUUAAAACAUCAAAACAACCACAAUUUAUUAUAAAUGACGAAGAUCAUAAAGUUCCACGUAUGGACUGGGACAAUUAUCAUCGCCUUGACGUUAUACACACAUUUAUGGAUGAUUUGGAACGUGAUUACCCUUCAAUUUGUACAUCUGGUUCGAUUGGCAAGUCGGUAGAAGGUAGAGAUUUAAAGAUUCUUAAGAUCUCCAAUAGUGACGCUACCAACAGCAGUGUCUGGAUCGACGCCGGCAUUCAUGCCCGAGAGUGGAUAGCUCCCGCAGUGGUCACUUACAUUGCCAACCACAUUGCAAAGAAUUUCUCUGAUAUGCCACCAAGUGUCACUAAUAAAGAUUGGUACUUCCUUCCAGUAGUGAACCCCGAUGGAUACGAAUAUUCCCAUACUGUUGACCGCAUGUGGCGGAAGAGUAGGGCAUGGUAUGGUGGAGAAUGUGUUGGGGUAGACCUCAAUAGAAACUUCAGCUGUGGCUGGGGUGGUAAAGGAUCGUCAGGAGCUCCCACAAGUGUUUUCUAUCGCGGAGCUCAACCUUUCUCAGAACCAGAGUCAUCCGCUGUUAGAGAUAUGUUGAUGCAUGCUGGUAUUUCCUUCAAGGUGUACAUUACUCUGCACAGCUACGGUCAAGUUAUCAUAUUCCCCUUCGCGCACAAAGAGGCAUUGUGUCCUGAUUAUAUUAGAUUGCUUGAAGGUGCAACUGUUAUGUCAAAGGCGAUCCACGAUAGCAGUGGUAAUACGUAUAAAGUCGGCGUUUCUAGAGACGUAAUGUAUGGUGCGUCUGGUACAAGCAAUGACUUUAGCUAUGGCGUAGCUGGUAUACCAUAUUGUUAUCUGAUAGAACUCAGAAGUAAGCAACACAAAUUUAAAUUACCUAAAGAGGAGAUCGAAGAAACAGGAGAGGAGAUAAGGUUAAUCUUUCUAGCUUUAACAAUUUGGAAAGAGGAACACAGCACAAUGGAUAUCAUGGUUGAGGGUCCUCGCGCUGGCCAAGUAGCAGGCAUGCUGCAUGAAAGAGAGAUACCAUACUCGAUUGCCAUCGCAGACGUGGGAUUGAUGGUGGCAAGAGAGCGAGGGGGCACUUCAUCGAAAGUUCAGUCGCCAACAUUAAGCUCCACUCAGAAUCGUUAUGGGAUGGACUGGAAAAAUUACUACAGAUUGAGCGCUAUCUACAAUUUCAUGGACAAUCUGGCUGCCGAAUUUCCGUAUUUGUGCACUAUUAAAGUUAUUGGACAGUCUGCUGAAGGGCGCGAUAUACGGUUAUUGAAAGUGUCCAACGGUAAGAACGGAAAUUCCGGCGUGUGGUUGGACGGAGCCAUUCACCCUCGAGAAUGGAUCAGCACCGCCGUGGUCACUUUCAUCGCGAACAACCUCGUGCGCACCUUCCACGAACAACCGGACAGCGUCACCAAUAAAGACUGGUACAUACUGCCAGUGUUGAACCCAGACGGAUACGAGUACACACAUACGCACGAUCGAAUGUGGCGUAAGAAUCGGGCAAAGUACGGCGAGUGCGUAGGAGUGGACCUGAACAGAAAUUUCAGCUAUGGUUGGGGUGAGAAGGGAGAGGAAGGUUCAUCAGAAGAUCCUGGGAAUAUCUUCUACAGAGGUCCGAAGCCAUUUUCAGAGCCAGAAACAUUGGCUGUAAAGAAAACUAUACUGGAGUCGGAGACAACGUUCAAAGCGUUCCUGUCAUUCCAUAGUUACGGCGAGGUGAUCAUAUUCCCAUGGGGAUAUACUGCUGACCCCUGUCCUGACUACGUGGAGCUACUGGAAGGAGGCACUGCAAUAGCUAAGGCAAUCCACGGUUCCAGCGGUCGCACUUACAAAGUGGGCAGCACUAAAGACUUGAUGUACUACGCAUCUGGCAACAGCAUCGACUGGAGCUACGCUGUCGCUAACAUACCAUACUCCUACAUGAUAGAACUUAGGGCGAAGAAACACAGGUUCCUUCUGCCCAAAGAAGAGAUAGUAUCCACUGCCACAGAAGUGUACUACGGGGUCAUGAGGCUGAUGGAUUUCAUUGACAGGAGGUGUAAAAGUAGCGGCGCGUGUGUAUGCCCGAAAUAACCAAUUUAUUUUAGAUUAAAUUCUCAAUGCUAUUUGUAAUGUGUACUCUAAUUAUAAUUUUAUUUUAUUAGGACAAGACUGACAGUAAUCAUGUAAUUUUGUAACUUUUAAUAAAAUCAUUAUGGUAAACAAAAACA